AUGGCCAAGAAGAAAUCAAAUUCCACUAAUAUCAAGCCAGCUACUUUCGAAGUUACUGAAUCCGCUGAAUUGAAGGAGACUAUUGCUGCCCCAACCCAAAAGAAGGCUACCAAUACCACCCAAACACCAGCUCCAAAGGCUGCUGCCACACCAGCUCCAGUUGCCGCUCCAACUCCAGCACCAAAGGCUGCUGCUGCUGCCACUCCAGCACCAACACCAGCCCCAGUUGCCGCUCCACUUCUCACCACACCAGCCAAGAAGAGCGAGCCAGUCGUCGAGCCAGUCGAUGCCGCCGCCUCAGAAUCAAAGAAAGAGAGAAAACCAAAGGUAUUCCAACCAGUCCAAGCCAAGGCACAAACAAAGAUCUCUGGAAACUCAUUCAUCUCGGUGCUCGGUCUCGAUGAGGACGGUCCCAUCAACAAGGACGACAUCAACAAAGAGAAGAACGAAAAGAAACUUUUGCAACAACAGCUACUACAAAAACAACAACAAAAGAAGAACAACAAGAAGCAACUCUCAGCCAAGCAAAUCGCCGAUAUGAAACAACAGAAGGCACGUGAAGAGGAGAAGUUGCUGUCGACUGCCAAAUCGAACGACUCCAACAAGCAAGAGUCAACCACCAAGACUGUACAAAAACAACAAUCACAGAAAUCCGCCACCGUCUCCAAGAAACAACAGGUCCAACAAAACUGGAUCGUCACCCUGAUGGAAUCACUCAUCGUACCAGGUGUGCCAUCAUCCGUCUAUAAGAUUAUCGCCGUCUGUCUCGUAGGUAUUUUAACUAUUUCAAUGGCUACUUUGGCUGCUUCCGGUAUCAACAAUAGUCUUAUGUACAUGCUUAUCCUUGCUGGUCUUGUAAUUGGUCUUGCUAUUGCCUUAUUUGUUUUUGUUGGUGUCUCCUCAACUGGAUCAACAGCAAAGAGCUCAAAGAAACAAACAAAGAAGACCAAAUAA